GCGGCCAUCUUGGUAGGAACUGGCCGGGCGGCCCCGCGCCGAGCUGGCAGGCUCUAAGGUCACAAUAAGUGAGUGACCGGGCGACACGGAACGGCAUCUAGCUGGGCUGGGGCCCCGCGCAGCCUCGGGGCGCCCGGUGGGCCGCGGCGCCAGCUCGUCCCAGGAUGGUGAGGCGGCGAGCACUGAGGCGCUGCCUGCAGCUGCUGGCGCUCUCGGCGGAGCCGGCGCGGCGGGCCCGGAGGCGGAGGAACCCGGCCGCCGGCCGCCGCGGCCCCUCCCGCUGCGCCGGGGCGCUGUGGCCGGUAGCAGAGGAGCGGCCACGGCGGCGGCGCGCGCUCUCGGCCUCCCCCUGCGCCAGCUCUUCACCAAAGGACAUGGAUGAAAAUGAAAGUAACCAGUCCCUGAUGACAAGUAGCCAAUAUUCUAAAGAAGCUGUAAGAAAGCGUCAAGAUUCACGGAAUUCAGGAGGAAGUGAUUCUUCUAGGUUUUCCAGGAAAAGUUUCAAGCUGGAUUACAGACUCGAAGAAGAUGUAACUAAAUCAAAGAAAGGCAAAGAUGGGAGAUUUGUUAACCCUUGGCCAACGUGGAAAAAUCUCUCUAUUCCAAGUGUUCUCAGAUGGCUAAUAAUGGAAAAAGAUCACAGCAGUGUUCCAUGUUCCAAAGAGGAGCUUGAUAAAGAACUCCCAGUGCUUAGGCCAUAUUUUAUCCGUGACCCUGAAGACGCUGGUGUGAGGGAGGCUGCCUUAAGAGUCACGUGGCUGGGACACGCGACGGUGAUGGUGGAAAUGGACGAGCUCAUCUUCCUCACGGAUCCUGUCUUUAGCGCUCGGGCCUCCCCGUCACAGCACAUGGGUCCCAAGAGGUUUCGCCGUCCCCCUUGCUCUAUUGGCGAACUGCCCCGGAUAGAUGCGGUUCUUAUCAGCCACAACCACUACGACCACCUGGACUACAAUUCUGUCAUCGCUCUCAAUGAGCGGUUCGGCAACGAGCUGAGGUGGUUUGUGCCCUUGGGGCUCCUGGACUGGAUGCAGAAGUGCGGCUGUGAGAAUGUCAUUGAGCUGGACUGGUGGGAGGAGAAUUGUGUCCCCGGGCACGAUAAGGUCACCUUCGUGUUUACACCCUCCCAGCACUGGUGUAAGAGGACCCUGAUGGAUGACAACAAGGUUCUCUGGGGCAGCUGGUCUGUCUUGGGACCUUGGAACCGAUUUUUUUUCGCAGGGGACACUGGUUACUGCUCUGCAUUUGAAGAGAUAGGAAAAAGAUUUGGACCUUUCGACCUUGCAGCUAUUCCCAUUGGAGCAUAUGAACCAAGGUGGUUUAUGAAAUACCAGCAUGUAGACCCAGAAGAAGCUGUAAGGAUUCACAUUGAUGUUCAAACAAAGAGAUCAGUGGCGAUUCACUGGGGAACUUUUGCCUUAGCAAAUGAGCAUUACUUAGAGCCUCCAGUGAAACUGAGUGAGGCUCUAGAGAGAUAUGGACUUAAGACUGAAGAUUUUUUUGUCCUGAAGCAUGGAGAGUCAAGAUACCUUAAUACUGAUGAUGAGAAUUUUGAGUAAAUAUGAGCACAGGAUGAUAUAAAUCUGAAAAGACUAAGAAAUUCAUGAAUAUUACGAUUUUUUACAUUUGGAAACAGCUGCAAGUUUGUGUUUUAUGUUAUAACCUGCUUACUAAUGUGAUUGCCAGUCCACAUAAACAAAAAAGAGUUCAGAGGUGGGUCAUUUAAAUACUGAAUUGGUCAAUGUGGAUUUUAGUCACGACUCAGUGAUAUGAACGUUGCAAUGGGAGUUUUUUUAUUAAAGCAUUCUACUUUAGUGGUAGAAUUUUGAGGUUAUGAAAAACUGAUUUAAAAAACCCAUUUCUGUUAUUUUGUUCUUAAGGGCCUUCUGCAAGGUAAGUCAAGGCUGUCUACCUACCUAGUUUCUCUCAGGGGCCUGCACAUAGAAACAUACUUGUUAUUGUCACAUUAGAGUAAAUGAUGACAUGGAUUCCUACAUGCUUAUAGCAAUUCUUGCUUUAUCAAGACUAGCUUAUAUGCCAAAUGUUAAGUGAUGUAUUUUUUUAUACAUAAGAACAUGGGAGUUUGGGCUGAAUUACCAUUUGUAAAGACUUAAUUUUUGUAAAGAGAGGCAAAGUGUAUUCUAGGACACAUCUAUAGUCCCCAAACCAAAGCCCUCUGGGCAGGAGAAAAGGGAAGUGUGGUUAUGAGAGCAUGAUUUAUGAUAUUUUCUAUCUUUAAAAGUCAGACCUGCUCAGCCCAAAUACAGCUGCAAAGAAAUAAUUUACAAAGAUAAAUGCAGAGCCUAAAUGUUAAUAGACCAUAUACUUUGAAUUCAAUUCUAUUCUUAUGCACAUUCCAUCUCUUCCCACCCCCUUUUCCUGGUUUCUUAGCUCCAACUCCAAUAUAUCAGUAAGAUUUAUAAAUAUUUUAUGCUUUACAUGAUCCCGAGGACUUAUAUUUUUAUAUUAAAUGACCCUUAAGCAUGGUUCUACUUUCAUUAAGCCAGUGUUUAAAAAAAAAAAGUGGUUAAAAAAAGAUGAUGCUGGGAGUUGCUGCCCUGAGUUUUAGUUCUAGAGGGGCUUUGGAGGCACCCCCUUACUCUGAGCCUCCUAGUGAAAGAGGAGGCUUCCCCAUGAGUCUUUCAGUGAAAUGAACUUACUCAUACAAAAUAAUCAAAAUAGGUUUUCCACAUCAAAUGCUACUCAGGCAGCACCCUAUCAUUUAUUUUUACGUAUAUAUGCAUGUUAGCCACUUAAUCUGAUUUUUAAUCCUGCUUCCACCAUGGAUUUUCUGUGUGCCCUAAAGCAAGUCACCUAAAAGCUCACUGUGCCUGUUUCCUCAUGUCCAACAAGAGGAUGAUUUUCACCUACCUCCAAAAAAUGUCAAGAAUCAAUUACAGUCAUUUCUUUUUUAAAAAGCACUUUGAGAAUAUAAGGGAGAAAACGAUUUCUUAAGAUAUCACUGCCUAGUAUUCAUAGGUAGAUUUGAAAGUGGAAAACAGGCUCAUGGUUUUGAUAAUCAGACAUUACAGGAUGCUAAACAUGGAGGACUAGCUUCAUCUCCUGCAUUUUAUAAAUCUGAAGAGUAAUAGCCAAAAGAAGUUUAAAUGAUCCUUAUUAAAAUUUAGUAUUUUUAUCUACAAUGAUGCAAAUCUGUUAAGGGGAAAUGUCUGUGUCAUGUAGGUAAAUGUAUGUGAUUAGCUCCCCAAAUUUCUCCAUAAAAUAAACCUUCAAGAAAAAGAAACAAAGCCUUUAUUCCUCCAAAGGAACAUUUGGCUAGCAGACAGGAAUCAAGAUGUUAGGCUUAUGGUGGAUGAGCUUUGGCACGUGCCACCCUAAUCCUAGCCGGUGUUCCGUGGUUGCCUUCCUUUCUGUCACAUGCCAGAUAGAAAAUUCAUCUCUUACGUCUGCUUUACGAAGCAAGCCAAGCACAUCUUGCUGAAUUAUUUCUUUGUCAUGAAUAGCCUUAACAUUAAUUUUGUAUUCAUAUGUACUGAGGGUCUUCAUGAACUUUAUACUCUAAAUUCCACUGAAUUGGGCCUGCCUCAUUUUUCUUGGCUUCCUCCAAACUUUCCUUUUUAUUACCAUUCACAUUCUUUGUACUUUGACAUUCUGUUCAUUAAGAAGUACCUUAAGCCUCAUCUCUCCCUAUAGAAUCUCACCCUAUUGCAUGGUUUCCAUUUUAUUUUUCACGUCUUACACAUUUUGAAGAGUUUUCUGUGCAAAGCAAAACCAAAAUUUUGAAAAAUAAGACUAAUCCACUUUCUUCCCUCCAUUCAUUCUAACAUGUCAUAAUACUUUUUGGUCUGUCUCAUCCUCUAAGUGAAUUUCAUUUUGCUCCUUGAUUAGCCAGCAUCCCUACCCCCAUGUUAAGAUUUUAUUGAAAUCCCUUUCUCUUCCUUCUGAGAUCACUUUGAUACUCACUGCCCAAGAGGGUAGGACCACCAAUUAGGAGAAAGACCGCCUAAAAAGGUAAGCUGUGCCAUAACGUACAGAGAUAUAUAUAGAUCUCAUUGUGUAAUUCUGGAUAUUUAAAGAUGACUCCACGCUUUUCUCCAGCAUUUUGACAUGGAGACUCAUGCUCUAAUCUCUAGGAAAUGUGAUUAUUUGUUCAAACUAAUAAUAGGGGAAAAGAAGGGAGGGGAAUUUUAGAAUCCAAUGCUGCUAAAGCACAUUGAAACCAAAUCUUGGUUUUAAUGGGUGUACACUUUGAAUAUAUAUUUUCACUAACCAAGGAGAAAGAUUAGGCAAAGCUGUUAUAAAGAAAGGUGCCUUUCAGAGAAUACCUAUGUUUGCAUCACUGAUGAAGUGUGAUUCUUAGCUCUCAUAAUGUACAUUAGCGCUACUGUAGCUAAUUGAGAAUUGUCAUGUUUUUACCAUAUACGGAAUACUUUUUGUACUAUAAAAACAUUUCUCCCAAGUUUCAUUUCUGGGUCAGAAUAACCCUGAGAAAGCACAUUUUUCUGUUUCAGAAUUUGUGACUUUGUAUGGAAAUCUAUGUAUUUACAAAUGAAAUUUAAAGUACUCUUCCCUUAAAGGUUCUGCUUGUAAACUGAUUUGCUUAAUAACUCUGAGCAUGGUGGUGGUUAUGAACUUGAAUAUAUUAUAAAACCUGGCUGAAUUCAGAUAUAUCAACAGAUUGUUAAAGUAGCUUAUAAAAUAAAAAAUACUAUUAAAAAUAA